CACACCCCAUUUAGAUUCUCAAUUAUUGAGCCCGACAUGCAAGUAUAAAAGGCCACCCCCCACCUCGCAAUCUUAGACCAAGCCGACAUCACAUACGGCACUCACUCGCUUCUCCUGAGUCAGGGAGUCGGCAAGAUGAACAGGAAGCCGGGAGACUGGACCUGCAGGUCCUGCCAGCACCUUAACUUCAGCCGCCGUGACUCGUGCCAGCGGUGCGGCGACCCGAGGCCGAGCAGCGACCGCUCCGAGUACGCCAGCUUCGGCGGCCGCGGCGGGUCCUCCUUCAGCUUCACUGGCUCCGACGUCCGGCCGGGUGACUGGUACUGCUCCUGCGGUGCCCACAACUUCGCCAGCCGCUCCAGCUGCUUCAAGUGUUGUGCCCUGAAGGAAGACUCCGCGGUCGGCGGCGGCGGUGGCUUCGACGGCGACAUACCACGCUCCCGGGGCUACGGCUUCGGCGGUGUCGGUGGCGGUGGCGGUGGCGGUGGGCGCGCCGGGUGGAAGUCCGGCGACUGGAUCUGCAACAGGUCGGGCUGCAAUGAACACAACUUCGCCAGCAGGAUGGAAUGCUUCCGCUGCAACGCACCGAGGGAUUCCGGCACCGAAGUCUAAGGAGAAGAUGAAGAUGACCAAAAGAGAUGAACGAGAGCUUAUGAUACAAUAGUAAUCUCAAGUUGUUGUACUAGUUUUGCCACCUCUCAGACUUAUUUUUCUGCCUUUGGCUUUAAAGCCCAUGUUCUAUGUUGAGUGUCUUUCCUUUUUCUUUUGAAGUCCUGUGUCCUUCAUCCUUCUCAUACUUCAGAAGUUUGUUGCUGCACCUCUUCUACUUGGAUAAGUGUCUUGGUGAGUCUUGUUGGAAAAGGGCUUCCUCGCUUCUUGUAAGACAGGAUGGUGAUCUUUGAAAUAGGUAAUAGGAAGUCCCUUUCUAUCUUA